AUGGCUACAGAACUAUGGACACGGCAUGACCAUCAUCACAGACCGGAUACGGAAAACGUCGAAAAGUAUGUGUACAGUUCUGUUACCGCGGCAACGGACCGACAUUCCAGAUUUCGGGAUGCUAGGGGCGGGACUAAAGCGUUAGCAUUGUUGGUUGAGCGUAAACGAGCUCGCUACUGGCUCGUAAAGAUAACACCAUGUUGUUGCUGA